ACCAUUCGAUUGGGCAACUCGUCACCGUACCAACCAAACCAUCAUUCCAGCCGCGGCGGGACACACCGCCUCCGCCGAACUAACGCGACGACGACGCACGGCGGCCUCGUCCGGCACCGGCAGGAGCGCGAUGGGGCAGAAGCGCGCCUUGCUGGUGGGCAUCAACUACCUGGGCACGGACGGGGAGCUGAAGGGAUGCCUCAACGACGUGGCCCGCAUGCGCCGCUGCCUGGUGGGCCGCUUCGGGUUCGACGAGGCCGACAUCCGUGUCCUGGCCGACGCCGACCCGUCCACGCCGCCGCCCACUGGGGCCAACAUCCGGCUGGAGCUCGAGCGGCUCGUGGCGGGCGCGCGCCCCGGGGACGCGCUCUUCUUCCACUACAGCGGCCACGGCCUGCAGCUCCCCGCCGAGACUGGGGAGGACGACGACACCGGGUACGACGAGUGCAUCGUGCCAUGCGACCUCAACUUGAUCAAAGACCAAGAUUUCACGGAUCUCGUGGCCAAGGUCCCUGACGGCUGCCGCUUCACCAUGGUCUCGGACUCGUGCCACAGCGGCGGCCUGAUCGACAAGACCAAGGAGCAAAUCGGGAACAGCACCAAGCAGAACAGAACCCAGCAGCGCCGAGAGCGCGAAAUGAAGCCUCCUCCUCCCGCUCCCGGUUCCGCACUCCGCGUCUCCCUCGCGCGAAUCGUCCGUGGCGUGCUGGAGUCUCUGGGGUGCAUCCACUGCAGUCGUUGCCGUGUCCAGCAGCAGGGCAACAGCAAUAGCAGCAGCAUCAGCAACCGGUCGCUGCCGCUGUCGACGUUCAUCCAGAUGCUCAGGGACAAGACCGGAAGGCACGACGUCGGCGUGGGCUCCAUCCGCACGACGCUGUUCCACCACUUCGGCGACGAGGCGAGCCCCAAGGUCAAGAGGUUCAUGAAGGCCAUGCUGUUAGGCAAGCUCCGGCACGACGGCAAGGAAGCGGAGGAGCAGUCGCGCGUUCCCAGGGAGGCAGAGGUGGAGGAGACCCUGGCGCAGGACGCGCACAGCGUCGAGGAAGUGUACGCGGGGCCGGCUGCGGCGGCGGCGGCGGCCAGGGUGCCGCCGCGCAACGGCGUCCUGAUCAGCGGGUGCCAGACGGACGAGACCUCGGCGGACGCGACCACGGCCGACGGCAUGUCCUACGGCGCGCUGAGCAACGUGAUCCAGACCAUCCUCGCCGGGGACGGCAAGAAGCGCGGCGUGGCGCUGGCGGUGACGAACCGAGAGCUGGUGGUCCGGGCGCGGGAGCUGCUGUCCAGGCAGGGGUACACGCAGCAGCCCGGGCUCUACUGCAGCGACGAGCACGCCACGCUGCCCUUCAUCUGCUGAAGACGAAAUAAACUCCGUGUACAGUGAAUUUCAGGCUUCAUUAGUUCAUUUUACGGGAUGCUACGUUGUGUUGUGUGUGUAACAGAAUUGACACUUUGUGUUGACUCGUGGUGUGCCGCAGCCUGCGUAUGUUAUGGUGUUACUGUUACGUUGUUACCUGAUGACGUUGACCUU